GAAAAAGAUCUCAAACAAAAUAUUUUGAAAAGUCAAUGACAGAGGAGCUGAAAUCAAAGUUAAAAAUUUAUUUCCUUAAAAUCAUAGAUAAAAUUACAUUCAGCUUCAGCUAAGAAAUUUUCUAAUAUCAUUAUCGUGCAUAAAAAAAUGUCCAAGUUAUACAAUGCUAUUAUAAAUGUUGUAGAUAAAUUUGUACCAAGUCGUUUACGCCCGUUGUGGAUGCAUCCUGCAGGUCCUAAAACAGUUUUCUUCUGGGCACCAAUGUUUAAAUGGGGUCUUGUUAUUGCAGGUUUUAAUGACUUAGCAAAUAGGCCAAAAGAGUUAUUGAAUGCCAGACAAACUGGAACUAUAGCACUCACUGGAAUGAUUUGGUCACGUUAUUCACUUGUUGUUGUACCAAAGAAUUGGAAUUUAUUCUCUGUGAAUCUAUUUGUGGCUAUUACACAAGGAGUACAAUUCUUACGCGCAUAUCACUAUCAAACAAUACAUCAAAACGAAAAGAAAAAUUCAGAAUAGUUUCUUAAUUAACUAUAAUGAAAAUGUUAUAAACUUACAUGGAUUUGUAGAAUUAUAUAAUUCUUUUGUGUGGAAAAUUUUUUUCUAUUGGCACCCAAAAUACAAUUUAAAAAGAAAUUUUUA